AUGGAAUCCGCCAAGGUCCCCGUCAAGCUCGUCAAGGUCACCCGCGUCCUCGGCCGUACCGGCUCUCGCGGUGGUGUUACCCAGGUCCGCGUUGAGUUCAUGGACGACACUACCCGUUCCAUCAUCCGUAACGUCAAGGGUCCCGUCCGUGAGGACGACAUCCUCUGCCUGCUCGAGUCCGAGCGUGAGGCCCGCCGUCUCCGAUAA